CAGGAGCUGCUGCAGAACAGGCCUGACAUCCAAUACAGAUGGAAAGAAAUGUGACAAGAGGGCGGGACUUGUGUGAAAGGGAGUCGGGCACAGCCAAUGAGAGCAAAGGAGAGGUGUUCCUAGCACAGAAUGCCCUUGCCUCAGCGAUGAGAUUCAGGAGAGACGGAGAGGAAGGAGAGUGAAGCCGGAGUAGAGACACCAGCAGGUGCUGAGGAUAGAAAAAAAUAGAGAAGAAUUGAAAUAACGUUUGGGAAAAAAAAGCUGGUUAGUCAGGAAAGAAUGUGUUAAAAGACAAAAGGAAAGCACUGAAAAUAGACAGACAGAAACUAUAAUGCAAUCUUAGUUUUUCCUAAGCUGGAGUCUACUUAUUACUGAGCUCUUCACCCUCCUUUUCUUUAAAGGAUUCUCCUUCCUCGGAUCAUCCCCCACUCAUCCUCCUCCUCCUCUUCAUCCUGUCCUCCUGUUUGACAGACAGAGCCACCAUGGAAACCGGGAGCCCCAGGAAGAUACAGUUCACUGUUCCCCUACUGGACACCCACCUGGACCCAGAGGCAGCCGAACAGAUCAGAAGACGCAGACCCACACCUGCCACUUUAGUGGCAUCCAGUGAUCAAUCAUCACCUGAAAUAGAUGAAGAUCGUCUCCCGAAUCAGUUAUACAAGGCAGCCUUGCUGAACUCCCCUCGACAACGGCGAAAAGGGCAAAAGGGAACACCUACAAUGAAAGAGCUGCAGUUCCUGGUAGAGCACCACCUGUACAGGCAGCAGCAGGGAGCUGGGGAUGAGUGCUCCUCGGAGAGCUGCCUCUCAGACCGCCCCAGCCCUGACUCCGUUCCCACGGGGGAGGAGCUCCCACACGACGAUGAGGCCACUUCAGAAGCCUUUGAAAAACUGCGCUGCCAAAUGGAGGAGUUCUCCAGGGAGAGUCUACUAGAAGCUGCAGGUGGACUCGAGUGCCCCCUCUCCAAGGAGAAAGAGGACUGUUCCAGCGUUGCCAAUGUGGCAGAUCCCUCAUCGCAACAAAACAACGCACAAGCAGACACAAAAGCAGCAGCACCCGGCGCAAGUCAGGCGGCAGAGGAGAAGGCAAAGAAAUGCAGCCUGGAGAAAGAGAAGUAGAGUAGUUUUCUGUAGACAACGCUGCUCAUUCUGCUCAGCCAGCCCAACACAAUGACAGAAGAUUGUGUCUGCAGAUCCACUUUUUAAAUACAUCAGGGCAUAUAUGUUCCUCUACAGUCAGGCCUUAUUUACCGCAGAAACAAACGGAGAACAAGAACAAAGAUUUAUAAAAAUCCUGUGUAAAGGGACAGUUAUUUAAUUAGAGUAUUGUUUUCUACAGCUUCCCCAGUACAAAGCUUAAACUAGUUUACUGUGUGUAUGAACCAGACUGGGAGUUACUACCUAGUUAAUGUGAAAAAUGUGAGUCUUUUACCAUCUGAGUCACACAAUCAUCAUCAUUAACUUCUACAACUCUCAUGCAUUGUGUACUCUUUAAUGUGCAAAAGCUACAAAUAUUCAAUUUGCAGACCUUUUAGACAUUUUCUUUCGUUAAAUAUGUGCCAUGACUUCUGCAAUUUCAUCUCAAAGCAAUAAAAAUGUACCUCAUAAAUAAUUGGGCCAAUCACUUAUGAAAUCAAAUGUCAUCAUUUAGUCCCAGUGAGUUUGAUGCUGAAUUUUAAAUUAGUGGUCAGCACAUCUCAGUUGAGCGACAGUUUAAAUUUAAUAUAUUCUUUUGGAUAUUUACAGUUAUGGAUUGGACAUGCAAAAUAAAUACAGCUGGACUGAAAUGAAUUGAUGACUUUUUUUUCUGCUAUAGCUCCUCAAAUCGCAAUGAUUAAUCAAUUAAUUGAUUGGUCAGUUGACAGAAACCUGCAGCUAUUUUGAUAAUCGAUUCAUUUUCUUUGAUUUGUUAGAGAUAAAUGAAUAAAUGCCAUAAUUCUCUCUGAUUUGAGUGUUUCUGCUGUGUACCAUUUGCUAGUUGAUUUCUACAAUUAUAAACAAUAUAUUUUUGUUUUUGAACUGUUGGCUGAACACAACAAGACAUUUGAUGACAUCACCUCAAACAAACUGGGAAACUGUGUGGGAUAUUUUCACUAUUGUCUGACAUUUUAAGUGACUGACCAAGAAAAUAACCUCCACUGCCUUUGCUACUAAAGCAGUGGUUCUCAAAGUUUUGAUGACAAUGCCAAUGUAUGGAGCCAGGAUAUGGUUUAGAACCCCACAGGGAAAUACAUCAACUUGUUGUGAUAUUUGGGAUGGCCUCAUAAUGACAUUUAACAUGACAUUCUUUGAGCACCAGAUUCACCUGUAGAUAAGGCAAGUCACUUUAUCUUCCCCUGAGGCCCAGCAAAUGAUUCCUGACACCCCCUUAACCUCUUCACUCAUAAAACAUUGUUUCUCUGGUGGCUUUUCCAUCUCACUUCCACACUGAAAUGCAGAGUCAUCAGCUGAAAUCCAUAACUUCAACUAAGCACCACCGCUGAUGACAGAAUGUACUUCCCAUGCCACGAGUUGCCAUGCAACCUGUAGCUUUCUAACAUAGCAGUCAAGUAGUACAUUAAUGAAGGCUAUUGAAAGUGAAAAUAUCGAAAUAUGAUGAUUAAAUUAUAAUGAGUGCAUUUCAUGUCACAUUCGGGGGUGGCAGAAGAUGUUUUGGAGAGCCGGGGCUGGCCCAUGAGUUGUACCAAAGUUCUCACAAAUAUUAUUAUUAUUAUUAUUAUUAUUUUACAAAAAUGAACUCAAGUAUUGUCCUGCACCAAGCUUUCUGAACAACCCACCAAACAAACAUUCACUGGGAAAAAGUGCCCUGUUGACGUCACUUUACAUGCUCGAUGCCUAAUUAGCUGCUCAGGUGCAGCACAUUAAACAGCAUGUAAACGUAUCUCAGACGCUAGUGUGGUCCUUACUCUUUAAUACUAACAGCAUGCUGUCUGAAACGUGAAGUGUAGACUGCAAUAUAAGUUUGUUUACUUUGUCUCCUCCAACCAGAGGUCAGUCUGCUAGCGGCUGCUGCUGUGACAUAAAGAAAAGGAGCAUUUGUUAUUGCUCCA